GCGGCGCGGCCCUGGCUGCGCAGCGCGACGCGCUUCCCGGACUCUCGGUUCACGCAGCCCGCGCCCCCUGAGGCGCACCGAACGAUACUUGGAUUUAAGCUGCACUUUGGAAUUCGUCUUUCCUUACAAUGGCAUGGUCAAACAGAGAUCCAGUUGAAUACACUCCCCCAGAUGGAGGCUGGGGUUGGGCAGUGGUUAUUGCAGCUUUCAUUUCCAUUGGCUUCUCUAAUGCAUUUGGCAGGUCUAUUUCUGUAUUUUACAAAGAAAUUGAAGGUGUGUUUAAUGCCAGCACCAGUGAAGUGUCAUGGAUAACCUCCACCAUGACUGCUGUCAUGUAUGGUUGCGGACCUAUCAGCAGUAUUCUGGUCAAUAAAUAUGGCAGCCGCCUGGUCAUGAUUGUUGGCGGCUGCUUAUCAAGCUGUGGCUUGAUUGCAGCUUCUUUCUCUAGCAGUUUGUGGCAACUUUACUUGUGUAUUGGAGUCAUUGGAGGUCUUGGACUUGCCUUCAACUUGAAUCCAGCUCUGACCAUGAUUGGCAAGUAUUUCUACAAGAAGCGACCAUUGGCCAAUGGACUGGCCAUGGCAGGCAGCCCUGUGUUCCUCUCUACGCUGGCCCCCAUCAAUCAGGCUUUCUUCGGUAUCUUUGGCUGGAGAGGAAGCUUCCUAAUUCUUGGGGGCCUCCUCCUAAACUGCUGUGUAGCUGGAUCCCUGAUGCGACCAAUAGGGCCCAAGCCAGCCACGACAGGAAAGAUUCACGCUAAAGAAGCUGGAAAAUCCGAUGCAAUGCAAGAUGCUGGUGAUGCAAAUACAGAUCUCAUUGGAGGAAACCCCAAAGAGGAAAAUCUGUCGUUCUUCCAAAACAUUUAUAAAUUCCUGGACUUGUCCCUGUGCACGCGCAGAGACUUUUUUCUGUAUCUCACUGGUAAUAUGAUAAUGGUUUUUGCAGUGUCCACACCUUUAGUCUUUCUUACUAGUUAUGCCAAGAGUCAAAAUUAUGCUAGUGAGAAGGCUGCUUUUCUUCUUUCUAUUUUGUCUUUUGUUGAUAUUGUAGCCAGACCUUCUAUGGGACUUGUAGCCAACACAAAGUGGGUAAGACCUCGAAUCCAGUAUUUUUUUGCUGCUUCAAUUUUUGCCAUGGGUGUGUGUCAUACAGUCCUGCCUUUUUCCACCAGCUAUAUUGGGUUCUCUGUCUAUGCGGGAUUCCUAGGAUUUACCUUUGGGUGGUUUAGCUCUGUACUGUUUGAAACCCUGAUGGAUCUCGUUGGACCCCAGAAGUUCUCCAGUGCUAUGGGAUUGGUGACUGUUGUGGAAUGCUUUCUUAUCCUGACGGGCGCACCGACUUUAGGUCGUCUCAGUGACAUAUAUGGAGACUAUAAAUACACAUACUGGGCAUGUGGUGGAAUCCUGAUUUUUGCAGGCAUAUAUCUUUUCAUCUGCAUGAGCAUCAAUUACCGGCUCGUGGAAAAAAAACAGAAAGCAGAGGUGAUGGAUCCUUCUGCAAGUGUGGAAAACGGAGGAGCUUUUGACCAAUACCAGAAACAUUCUAGUGAACUGUGUUCUACCAGCGGUGCUUCAGGUAGACUGGAGGAUCAAGCCUUUACACCUAUGGAGUCUGGCACCGUGGAGUCUCUGGUGACACCAGUGGAUGUCUGAAGAGUUGGAGGACUGUUGGUAUGGAUAAAAACCCAUCCAUCUAGUACAGUGGUGCCUCAGUUCACCAACACUUUGUUUUCAAACAGAAGGGUGGCAAAAUUUGGUGGUAUUUUUGCAAACCUGCUCCGGUGACAAACACAGUCCUCGCCCUGUCUCACAAACCUGGCAAUCUUUU